UUGACGGUUGCGUAUUUAUUUAUUCAUUCUUUAUGCAAAGAUAAAUUAAAUUUAUGAAGAGUAUUUAAACAAAAGUCUGUGCACCAAAAUGGCUUCGUUUUUUAAUGUGGGUGCUCUGGGAAAUGUAUUCUCGACACCCAUUGGCCAGCGGAUUGAGGCAGCUACGGAUGCAAACUUAGUCUCAGAAAACUGGGCUGCCAAUAUAGAGAUAUGCGAUAUGAUCAACGAAUCUUCGGACACCGCGCGAGACGCAAUGCGUGCCAUACGCAAGCGCCUGUCCCAAAAUGCGGGCAAGAACAACCAGGUUAUCAUGUAUACGCUAACCGUGCUGGAAACCUGCGUAAAAAACUGCGGCAAGGCAUUCCAUGUGCUGGUGGCGCAAAAGGACUUCAUUAAUGAUCUGGUAAAGCUGAUUGGUCCCAAAAAUGACCCGCCUGCGGCAAUGCAGGAAAAGGUGCUAAGCUUAAUCCAGAUUUGGGCAGAUGCAUUCAAGAAUCAGCCAGAUCUCAAUGGCGUUACGCAGAUGUAUAUGGAGCUAAAGAACAAGGGCAUUGAAUUUCCACCCACCGACAUGGAUGCCAUGGCACCUAUAUACACGCCACAAAGAAGUGUGCCGGAGCCAGUGCAGCCAGUGGUAUCACCACAGCACGUGGCAGCAUCCGUUGCGCCAGCUACAGGACCCUUGCAUCUAACAGCCGAGCAGGCAGCCAAGCUUCGCUCUGAGUUGGAGAUUGUGAGCAACAACAUGUCCAUACUUGCCGAAAUGCUCAGUGUGUUGAAACCAGGACAAGAGUCUGCAGAUGACUAUGCGCUGCUUGGCGAGCUUACUGCCACCUGCAAGGAGAUGCAAUCACGCAUUGUCGACUUGAUAGGACGCGUGCAGGACGAUGAGUUGACUGCUGAAUUUUUACGCAUCAACGACGAACUCAAUAAUGUCUUCCUGCGCCAUCAGCGCUACGAGAAGCAACGCGCCAGCACCAACAUAAACUCUGCAGCAAUUACUUCUCCCUCUGCCGUGCUGGGCGCGGCUAUGGGCGUGCCGACAGCCUCAGCUGGUGUCUUGGGCAGCGAAGUUAGCAAUACGCCACAAAGCGAUCAGCUGUUGAUUGAUCUAAUUGAAAGCAGUGAGGAACAAUUGCCUAAAAGCUUUGGACACUUGCAGCUAGGCGGUGCCACUGCGGCUGCAGCUCCUGGCGUAGCUGCAGUCGGCGGCGGUGGUGCUGCUGCAGCCGAUGAAUUUGAUAUGCUGGCGCAAUCUCGCACCGAUGGCAACCACAAAGUGGAGCUGCUGCGUGAUAUACCCAGCGUGGAUGCCGCGGCGGGCAGCAAGAGUUCACCUUACAAGCAACAGCAACCACAAAAGUCGGCGGCAACAGCAACAGCAACAGCAGCGGCAACAACAAUACAACGAAGCUCUGGCGAAACUCCAGCAGCUAGUAAAUCGACGAAAGAGAAUGAGAUCGAUGAAAUGGAGGCGUGGCUGGGCAGCUCAAAGGACAUUGAUGGCAUAGAGGAGCUAACUAGUUCAGAGUUUGACAAAUUCCUGGAGGAGCGUGCCGCUGCUGCUGAGCAACUGCCAACCAUACAGACAAGCACAACCUCUAAUACAGGUGGCGCAGCACCAAAGAAACCUGCAGCUGACGAGGAUCUGCUGGCGCUCUGAGUGCACAUAAGCUGUUCAAAAUUGAACGUGUUACACAUGCCUAACGUAUACAUACAUACAUAUGUUUAGAAAUACAUAUUAUAAACUGCUUUUUAUUUUUUUGUAUACAAAUUGUUUAAGGUUUAUGCAAAGAUUCCAAAACUGUAACUUAUUCCAAAAUACUACACACACACAUUGAUGGUUUAUUGUAAUGUAUAUUAUGUUUACAUUUAUUUUUGU